CAUAUUUUUUUCAGCAUGAAUUUGGAAGAGGGUAAACUGACAUUAUUAUACAGCAAAGUUGGCCUGAUCAGUGAAUUUAUUUCAGUGUCUGCAACAACCACAAGCAGCAGUGGGACCAGUGAGAGAGAUGACAUGAUGUUUCAAAUGGAGGAGUUCUCAACAGAGGGAUCUAUAGGGAACUUACAGGGGCACACAAAGGUUCCUCUCAGUAGACAGACCAAGGAAAACUCAUUUCGAAGAUCUCUGGAACAUACUGUUCAGAAGCACAAGAACUGUGUGGAGCUCACACCACUGCCUAGUAUACCAGGCUUCAAGAUUGAACGAUACCUGGGCAACUACAACUUCUUCUUUAUCAGAGAAUCUACUUCAUUAAGAGAGAUUGGAGGACAAGGAGGAUUUAUGCAGACGUUUGUUGCCGAGGUGAUGGCCAAUGUGAGAGCUAAUGUAGCCUCUCUUGGAGGGAAUGGAUUAGUGUCUUAUAGAAUGAACCAAUGUGUUCUGAUGUGUAAUCCACACAAAAACCAGAGUCAGUGUUUGAUCAAUGUAAGUGGGGAUGCUGUGGUUGUGUCGUCGGAGGAAUCAUUCCCCAUUAUUGUCGAGCCUCUUCGUAAAAACAGUGACUCACCAAUCACAUGACAAAGCCAGAGCUGUUGCUGACAUUUUUAUCGAGCAUUCCUUUGUGGCCAGUAUUACUCACUGCCUCUUGAUCAGAGUGGAUUACAAAAUAAGACUUUUUGUUACAUUAUACAUUGCAUUUUCCAUACUUAUCUUAAUCAGAGGGUGAACAUUAAUUUUCUUUUACAAAUGAACAAAUUAUUGAUACAUGUACGAGUACAGUAUUUGAUAUUUCGUUGCUUAAAAGGAGACAGAUGUAAACCAACAGUCUACUGUAUUGUAGGUUUAAUUAUAAAACCUGUUUUGGUGACAUUUUACAGCAUAAGUGGGUGUAAACUAUUACGCACACCAACACUGCAUAAUAAAAGAAUCUAAAAAC